UCCUCAGCCCGGGGAGGACCGCCUCCUGCCCGGGCUGAUGCCUGACUCCCUGCCGCUGAGAUGGAUCUGCAGAAUCCCAUUGAUCGGAACAUUUCACCGGGAAGAUGCAUCUUCUCCUGCUAAAGCUCAGCCUCUUCUUCUGAUGCAGCUCCCUACAGAACUUGGGCAGAAGGGUGACUCCCCUGCACCCAUCUCUCCUAUCUCCCCUCUCCACUCACCCGACUCUCUGGAAGAGCUUUCUCUGACCGAGAGUCCCAACCAGCCCCCUCCCCCAGGAUCUGCUGCACCCCUGGGCUCCUUCUCCAUCACACCCCCCACUAUUCUCUCCAAGAAUAUGCCUUGGGAUGGCGAAGAAGGCGACUCUGGACCCGGACGUGGUAAAACCAAGGAGGACCUUCUAGAUUCCCUAGCUGCUCCCUACCUGAGUUUAGGGAAAGACUCAGGGCCUCAUAAUCCGUGUGAAGACAGCGGCAUUUCGUUUUCCCCCGAAGAGAAGAUGAUUAGCUCAGACAGGUCCUCCACCGGCCCCUCCCCUGUCAACCCUCUGAUGAUGGUUCAUGAGUCUCACCUUACCUCCUCUAACCCAACAGAGCACUGGGAUUCACCGUUCCUCUCAUCUGAAGACAACUCCAAAGUCUCCAUGGAUUCCUUCACCAAGGACACAACACCCAUUAGCUCCUCCAAAUAUGAACCAGACGUUUGUGGCAACCAGUCUGAUGAAGAUGAAGACUUGAAUUAUGAGGUAAAGAAGAAUAAUAACCCGUUUGACGGAUAUUCCCCGCUAGCCGACAGUGGCUACUCCCAUUUUGGAGAACCGAAGUCUGACACCAAGAUGUCAGAGAGUCCCACACCAGAUCUGGUCCAGUACAGGCAGACUGGAGAGUCCCAGGAGAACCAACCAUCCAUCCUAGACGGGGGAAAACUUUUCGAGACCACUAAGACGGCCAGUGAAGCCCUCUUGGAGUCAAUGAACCAGUUCUCAUCUGGUCUGAAAGAAGAUGAUGAGGAAGAAGAUGAAGAGGAUUCUGCUUUGCCACCGUCGCUUCCAGACAUCCUGAAGUCUUCCCCUCUCAACCCUGACAAAGUGGACUCUGGCUCUUCUGAGGGAAGUCCGGAGGAGCAGAGCCCCAUCCUGGAACGCCGGAUGAUGGAGUCCCCCAACCCUCCGAUCAACCUAUCCGCCAACAACCCGUUUGCUUUUGAUACCAAAGUGUCUCUCCUGAAGGAGAUGACCGAGGAGAUGGAGGCGAGAUCUGCAGAUGGUACAACCGUUGAAGACAGCAAAAACUUUGGAGCCUUUGAUCUGGUCAAGGAGGCUGAGGAGACCACCCCGCCGAAGGUCAAAGCAGAGGAACCUGUCCAGAUUGAGCAGAAAGACUGGUUCUCCAGCAACGAUUCUCCUAAAAGGCCUGAAAGGUUUGAACCGCUUGACUUUCAGAGCAAGAAGACCACCACCGAAGAUUCAGACUCUGAGUCUCCUACCGCAGAUUCCCUGUCGCCUGUUCUGGAGGCCAUGGCCAAGAACCCUGCCAGCUUCCAGGUAGAAACGGAGAAGAAAGACCUGAAGAUGGAGCUGGAGGAGCCGGAGGUUGCUGAGGAGGUGUCUGAGCACGAGGUCUCCUCAGAGGAGUUUGAGUUCAUUGAGCGACCGCCCCGAGGUGUGAUCGAUGAGUUCCUCGAGGCUCUGGACCCCUCCAAGUUCUCAUCCCCGAAGCCUCCAGAGAUCCCCCUGGAUGAUGACCUCGGCUUCAGCCUGAAGGACACGCCUGCCGUCGCGGUUCCUGAGCCAGAAGCCCUUAGCCAGAGCUCCUACCACCUCCUCACCCAGGCCUCAACACAGAAGACCAAGGCCGAGCUGGAGACCCCCCCGAGCCAGGCGCCACCCGCCCGCCUGCCGGCCGGGAACCCCGAGCAGCCGGCCCCCCAGAGGAGCGCCGCGGGCAGCAAACUGUUUAAGAUGCCAAACCUGAACAUAAGAGCAGUGGUGGAGCUGGUGUACUGGCGCGACGUGAAGACGACGGGCGUUGUGUUCGGCGCGGCGCUGCUGCUGCUGCUGUCGCUCAGCGUCUGCAGCAUCGUCAGCGUCUGCUCCUACAUCGGCCUGGCGCUGCUGUCCGUCACCAUCUGCUUCCGGAUAUACAAGGGCAUCCUGCAGGCCAUCCAGAAGUCCGACGAGGGACACCCCUUCAAGCUGUACCUGGACCAGGAGGUGGCGCUGUCCGCGGACCUGGCCCACAAGUACAGCGACGUGAUUCUGGAGAAGCUGAACUGGACCAUCGAGGAGCUGAGGCGUCUGUUCCUGGUGGAGGACCUGGUGGACUCCAUCAAGUUUGCGAUUCUGAUGUGGAUCCUGACCUACAUUGGCGCCUUUUUCAACGGACUCACUCUGCUGAUCCUUGGUCUGGUCGGAGCGUUCAGCUGCCCAAUCAUCUAUGAGAAACACCAGGCUCAGAUCGAUCACUACCUGGCGCUGGUCACCAACCAGGUCAAGGAUAUUGUGGAAAAGAUUCAGGAAAAGGUUCCCGGACUGAAGCGCAAGGCGGAGUGAAGGAACGGGAGGUCAAAGGUCGGAUUCAGGAAGUCCUGAUGGGAGGGGGAGGGGGGCAGGAGGAAACGAAAUGAAGGAGGAAGAGGAGGGUGAGGGGGGUAAUGAAGGAGGAAGAGGAGGAUCAGGUGGGCGCUGCCCUUAAUGAUGUAUUUGUCAGAUUAUUAAACUUUUUAUUUUAUUUUUUUUCCAUUUCAGAAUUCCUUAUUUUGUGUUUCUGAGAAUCGUUCAGUGGCUUUGAUGAUGAUGAUGAUGAUGAUCAUCAGCUCUGUUUUAUUUCUGUGAACCAAUCAGAGUCUCGGAAACAUUUUAAAGCUGGUUGGCCCCGCCCCCUUCCCCUCAGCCUGUCACAGGCAGCAGGUUGGGGAGGGGCUGCUGUGAGGAAGAGGAGGGGCCUGCACUAAACUCUUCAUCGCUGCUCGGUAGCUGUAGAACCAUGUAGAACAAUCCAUUACCCUGUUAGAUCAUCGUCAUCCCGCUGUCUCCUAGGAAACGGCCGGGCGUUUCCCUCCGCCAGGUGUUGUUUCCAGGUGAGGUGGGCGGAGCUUAAAGCGUCUGUUUGUUCUGCUUCUUUAAUCGUGAAUGAUAAACUUCUUCUUCUUCUUCACCUGUGCUGAUUAAACUCCGCUGGAGUCGUGUUGUGGAAUGCAUUGUGAGAUGUAAACAGUUAUCAAUAAAGCUUCUAGACAAACUACCAGAACCAGAA